AUGGUACAUAGAGAGAUGAAUCCAGACGAGAAGAAAUAUUUCUUGAAUCUACUUAAAAGUGAUUACACUACUCGGUCCUUGAUGAAAGCCAUGAAUGAGAAAUUUGGCGAGGAGACUGGUCAAUUCAGCAAAAAAACAAUCGAAAGAAAUCACGAAUUGCACAUAACGGAAGAGGCUAGCGAGAAGUCGCAAGACGAUAUCGAGAAAGGCACCGAAACAGAUUCUGAUGUGGAAAUAGAAGAUGAUGAAAAUGACACCGAAACGGAGGGGAAAGAUGGUAAUUCAGAGGCAGGAGACAAGCAGGCGAUAGGUGUUGACACGGAGGAGUCUGCUCUAAUUGUAGAUGAGAAGGAGGAGAAGUCCACAUAA